AUGUGCCUCUCCAGGCCUCAACUGAGGGUCUCCCAGACCCAGUCGGCCUUUGCAAGUGGCAAUGCACGAUGGACAAAUCUUGAUCUGGAUCCGAUCCCUUUAUUGGGUCGAAAAUGGGGUGUUCUGAACUUGAUAGCAUACUGGAUCUCCGACGCUUUCAAUGCAGCGACCUGGCAAUUUGCUAGCAGUAUUAUCGCCGUCGGUCUGACUUACCGCGAGGCCCUUGCUAUCGUGGCCAUCUCCUUCCUCAUUAUAUCCUUCGUCAUUGCUGGCAAUGGUGCCGUCGGCGCCAUCUACCACGUCCCUUUCCCCGUGAUCGCACGUGCCAGCUGGGGUUUCUGGGGCUCGUAUAUCGCGAUCAUUUCCCGACUUAUUCUGGCGGUAUUCUGGUUCGCCAUCCAGAAUGUGAAUGGUGGAAACUCGGUCCGUGUCAUGAUUGGGGCUAUCUGGCCCAGCUACUUGGACCUGCACAAUGAUAUCCCCGCCUCACAGGGUAUCACAACGAAUGGAAUGGUCGCAUUUUUGAUCUUCUGGAUCUUCCAGUUCCCAUUCCUAUGCAUGCAUCCGAAUAAGCUGCGCUGGCUAUUCACUAUCAAAUCUAUUGUGGUCCCAAUUGCCUGGAUUGCCAUCUUGAUCUGGGCUUUUGUGGCUGAGAAGGGUGGCGGUGGAAUCUUUGCCCAGCAAAAGGCGACCGUCUCGGGGUCGAAGUACAGCUGGUUAUUCCUGGCGAAUAUGACCUCCGUUCUGGGGAAUUAUGCCACUCUCAGCGUUAAUCAGUCUGAUUUCUCGCGAUACUCCCGUAUCAAUCCCCGUUGGCAACUCCUCUACAUCCCCCUGCUCCCCAUCAUCUUCACUUUUAUCUCCUUCAUCGGCAUUGCUGCUUCUUCCGCCGGCCAAGCCCACUAUAACCUCUCCUCCAUCCCCUGGGACCCCAACGAGCUUAUCAGCCUCUGGCCUAACCGCGCCUGCCGCUUCUUCGGCGCAGCUUCAUUUGCUAUCGCUUCGCUGGGUGUCAAUAUCUCGGCCAAUUCACUCUCCGCCGCGAAUGACUUUACCGCUCUGGCACCGCAGGUUCUUAAUAUCCGUCGAGGCCAGAUCUUAUGUGCCCUGCUAUCGUGGGCGCUUGUCCCGUGGAAGAUCCUGGCGUCUGCAGACAACUUCUUGAGCUUCAUGAGUGCUUAUGCUAUUUUCUUGGGACCAAUUGCUGCCAUCAUGUUAUUUGAUUUCUGGGUUGUCAAUCGUGCUAAAUAUGAUUGUCUUGCGCUCUAUCAGCCCUUGAAUCCGAUUUAUCGCUACGUUUGUACCGUACCGUUCAUGACGGGAAAAACUAUCUGGGGCGUGAACUGGCGUGCGCUGGUGUCAUUUAUCGUGGGUGUAGUCCCCAGUUUACCCGGACUUAUCAACGCCGUUAAUCCCAAAGUGGAUGUUGGCGAAGGGGUCCAUCCUUAUCAAUUUGGAUGGUUGUUGGGGUUCUCUGCUACCGCGUUGGUUUACUUGGCCUUGUCGUGGCUGUUCCCAGUGAAGGAGACUCAAAUUCCCCGUGCUGUUUUCCCGGAUGAGAUCUAUGAUGAGAGGGCUGUUGUGGUAGAAGGUCUAGAGACGGAUAGUUCGGAGCAUAUGUCGGCGACUUCCCAAGGUGAAAAGAUGGCAGCCGAGUCGGGGAAGGUUGUUUAG